CCCUAAAAAUGCUGAGCGUCUCGUCCAAGUUUCACCUUGUUUCACGUCCCCAUGGUCCCCAAGCCAAAGCAACCGCUCGGAGUGGCCCACCCAGAGGGUGAGGCAUCCUUGCCAGUGAAGCUGUUGCCGACAACGUUGCCGAAGGAGCUUUUCCGUGGAGUGCCUUUGCAUACAUGUUUGGCAGGUUUGGGGAAGCACUGGGCCACCAAUCUCGAUGAGAAGCAUGCGGAUUUUCUCUUUAGCAGAGAAGUGGAGUUUCUCGAUGACUUUUUGAGCCAUGAUUGGGCAACAUCACGCUGGACCAAGCUUUGCGCGUUGAUGGUCGUGUAUAACUCCAGAGCUGCUUGCAUAGCAGCCGGUACUACCACCUUCGUGUGGUCAAUCCUUGGAAAGGCUCUCCUGAUGCCAGAUGCUUCACGAAAGCAGACGUUCGCGGAGUACUGUUUGUUUGUGACCCCUGUGAUUGUCGUGUUUUAUCUUUUCCUUGUUUGGUGGCAGCAAAUCAGAAGGCUCUUCGCAAGCCCCAGCAUGGUCUUUUUAGACAAGCUCUGCAUCUCGCAGCACGACGUACUCAAGAAGGAGGAGGGCAUAGCUGGGCUUGCAGCCUUCCUCUCCAACAGCAAGAGGAUGGUGAUACUUUGGUCCCCCAAGUACUUCAGUCGCUUGUGGUGUACGUACGAGCUUGGGGCCUUCUUACGCCUGCACACGCAGAAGCACGUUGAGGUCAUCCCGGCAUCUUUUGGGUCCUAUUUAUGUAUCGCCAGCCUCCUGCUAUCUGGGAGUUUCUUCGUCUUCACCGGGAUUGAUGCAGCAGCGUUUUCUUACGAGGAGCUUUCUGUCGACCUACACGUGCUUCAAGAUGUACUGCACAUUGUUACCAUGUUCUCGGCUCUUUGGGUUUACGUGAAGACCGUGAGAAGUUUCGCCCAACUGUCAGAGCAGCUGUCAAGCUUCAGCAUUCGGGACUCUCAAUGUUUUUGUUGUUCUGUGGACCAUUGCAUGCCUGAUACAGGCGAAGAAAUCCCAUGCGACCGACGAGUCGUGUAUGGUACACUGGAAACCUGGUACAGCGGAGACGAAUACGCAGAUCCUCUGGAAUCCUUUGAUCAAGAAGUACGAUCUCACCUCAAGGAGUUUGUUGCGCAGCAGUUUGGAAAUGGCUAUUUUCCAAUCGCCUAUUUCUUCUACGUGGUUAUGUUCUGCCGUGUUUGCUUGGCGUUCAGCUUCUAUGGCAAAGACGUGGUACUGCCAGCCACGGCAUGGCUAGAGGUAGUGCCAGAAGCCGCAAGUCCAUUCUACCGCUGCAGUAAAUUGAUAGAAGAGUCCGUGAAUCUUUCUUUGGUGAUCGUUGCGGCACUUGCCCUUAUUCGACUGAGUGGGUGCAUGCUAUACUUGCCGAACCGAUGUUCGCUGCUCUCUGUUGUAAUUCUGGCCUUGAUAUUGGAAGGGGUCAGUCAGCUCAACAGAGCAGUGCUGCUUUAUUUCCGGUACGGUCUGUACAGCAAGGCUGAGUGGGCGGCACUUGCGUACCAGCUCGUUCUUACGAUCUGGUGCAUGAUUGGCAUCCGUGUGAUGGCCUCGCGGUCAGGCCAGGCUGUCCAUAAGUAGACCAUACCCUUGUGUUGCUGCCGGGGCUGCUGCGAACUGCCUUUGCCACCUGAAGAGAAUGAAGGGACGUCGUUUUGACCAAAUGUAGGCUUGCAUGCAUCUUGGCCGGGCUCCGCAGCGACCAUUGUUGUUCAGCGAGAUUGAGCAUGUGCGGCUUGUCAGUGUUGGUUCGGAAUGGAAAGUGUCCUUCAGUUUCUGACGGCCGAUUUGGCUGCGGCGCCUGCCGGGGUCGCCUGCAGUCUGGCUGAAGAUUUGGCGACGAUGCGCAGCAAAAGAGCAGCCGGCGACUCGGGCGACCAGCAGGCACCUGCAAAGCGCAUGCGCGCGGCAUGCUGGAAAUGCAGGACGACGCGCAGAUGCGACACCAGGCCACAUGCAAGCGACAUCGGGUAACGCGCAAGCGACACGCAAGUAGCACAC